CGGGGGCCACGACCACAAAGGCUUCCUCGGCUCCAUCGAUAUCCAAGCUUCUUAGCUUGGCCGAGAGUUGACCACCCGUCUCCUUAAUCCAGAAUUGCUUUCGAUGUUGAACUCCCCAUACUGGAUCCAUGGCUUGAUAGGUGUUGGUCCAAUUCGUCGCAGUCAAUCCAGAAGGACCCAACGGGUGAAGUGAGGAGGGGACAGCGGAUAUUGGCCGAGACGAAGAACGUUGGCCGCCAUCACCAGGGAAGCAACUUAUCCAAGCUAUGUUCAAACGAACAGUUGGCACCGCCUUCACAAGGCUACAAAAGUCGACACCAGUGGGCAAUACACUCCCUCGAUACGUCCGACAGCAGUGGCGACCUCAAUCCACAACUUCAACAUCUACAUCUCCAGGCACAGGAACAAGCCGUCUCUCACCAGCAUGGCUCUUUGGCCUCGGCGCCAUCAGCGCGAUACUCAGCAGCACAGCCAUCACAUAUAUGCAAGCUUCGAAGCCGACCACCAAAUCCAAGCAGACUGACUAUGCCUCGACCUGUCCACUACAAGACAUGCCUCGUGCAGUCUACAACACCACACCGGACAACCUCAACGCCGCAACCCAGGAAUUCAUCCAACUCCUCGGCGCCGAACAGGUAAAUCUCGACCUAGGCGCUAGAAUAUCACACUCUAGUACCGAAUGGUCAGCAGCUCCUCGUGGUGAUCUUGACAGAUUCGACAUCAUUGUCAGUCCCCAAACCACAGAAGAAGUCAGUGCGAUUGCAAAGAUAUGUCACCGUCGACGGAUUCCCAUGACGGCCUUUUCUGGAGGUACAAGUCUCGAGGGAACUCUGGCGGCAACUCAAGGUGGUGUAUGCAUUGAUUUUAGAUUGAUGAAUAAUGUCAUCGAGGUACGGAAAAGUGAUUUAGAUGUCACGGUGCAACCUGGUGUGGGAUACGUGGAUUUGAACGCACAACUCGCCAGUCAGGGUCUUUACUUCCCACCAGAUCCAGGGCCGGGUGCUCAGAUCGGUGGUAUGAUCGCUCAAGGCUGCAGUGGCACCAAUGCCUUCAGAUACGGCACCAUGAAGGACUGGGUCCUCGGUCUCACCCUUGUUCUUGCAGAUGGAACCAUCGUCAAAACCCGUGGUCGACCUCGAAAAUCAAGCUCAGGAUACGACCUGACAAGAAUCAUCGUCGGCUCCGAAGGCACACUCGGAUUCGUCACCGAAGCCCAUCUCAAAUUAACCAGUAAGCCCCAAAACGAAAGAGUAGCCGUGGCCGCAUUCCCCAGCAACUCCAAAGCAGUGGAAACCGCCGUCAAGGUCGUUCAAAGCGAUAUGCCCAUUGCCGCAAUGGAACUCCUCGACGAUACAUCCAUGAGAGCUGUCAACCAAGGUGGCUACUGUGACAAAACCUACCCAGAAGUCCCGACCCUGUUCUUCAAAUUUGCCGGAUCCGACAAAGCGACGGUGGAUGCUCAGAUUAAAAAAGUGCAACAACUGGCACGAGAAUCUGGGUGUCGUGAUUUCCAAUUCUCCAACUCGGCCGAAGAGGCUGAAGCUAUCUGGGCGGCGAGGAAGACAUUGCUUUGGAGUACACUCACGCUCAAGAACGAUCCGACGGAUGAAUUCCUCAGCUCAGAUACGGCAGUGCCUCUGUCUUGUCUGGGUGAAGCGUUCGAUUUGGUCAAGCAGAAGAUCAACGACAGCGGGUUUGUGGGAUCAUGCUUGGGUCAUGUAGGAGACGGUAAGAAUUGAACCUUGACCUUUCCUUUAACCUUGAUAUCCCUGGUCAGGUGGAACUGGAAUUGGACCUGAUUGUUAACGCUGAUGCUAACGCUGCUCUUUGCUAUUCGUCAGGAAAUUUCCAUACCGCCGUCCUCUACCCACCCGCUCAGAAACAAAAAGCUCGCGAGAUCAUCACGUGGGUACAGCGAUUAGCCAUUGAAAUGGGCGGUACCGUCACCGGAGAACAUGGUAUCGGUCUAGAAUAUCGAGAUAUGGUGGUUGAAGAACUGGGUGAGAAUAGUGUCGAUAUGAUGAGACGGAUUAAAUUGGCUCUGGAUCCUCUUUGUCUGUUGAAUCCGGAUAAGAUGAUUCGACUUAAUAUUGAGAGAUAGAUUAGUAGAUGAUCUAGAUGAGAAACUACUACAUAAAUGC